UCUUUACAUUGAAAUUUUGUUUAAACGCAUCAUUCAAACUUGUUUCUAUGUGUCUUGUCAAAGUCAAAACAUGAAAGUCUACAAGUUGUAUGAAUUGCGACGUUAUUAUGCCAGAGUAUCAUCAUUAGCAUUUGCUUUCGACACUUUUGUGGUUCUUAUGAUUACGUUAAUACCAUGGAUCAUCUCGUAUGUAACGGGUUUCAUGUAUAUAAAUUCUUAUGCUUUCCCAGAGAAACCCCUGAUAUCGUUCGACGGAAACAUGCUCCUUUUUCUUCAGAAGAGUGAUGGUUUUCUUUAUUAUGGUAACAUACCACAAAAGGAAACCAACCAUCUAUUGAAAUCUUCGCUUAGGCUACCUCAAAUCAGUUACUACAAUUCUAAAAAUAAAAACCUCAAUGAAGAAGUGGCAGUUAAUAUUAAUAUCAAGUUUCCUUUGUCGCCGUCGGAAAAAAUAAUUGGUCUCACUAUUGUACUAUUGGUUGAUGUUACCUUGUUGCGUUUCUACAAUAGGCUAGAAAAGGUUCCAGUAAUUAUAAACAAAGUUUUUCGGUCGCAUACUAGUGGAUUUCUUUAUUCUGGGGACCUUUUGUGCUUUCGGAAAUACUUGUUACCUUCUACACAAACUAGUAUUUAUGAAACCAAAACGAUUCCAAGCAAAAUCUUUGAGCUAUCAUCAAACAUCUCAAGAGCUGGUAAGUUAUCUAUCAGGUCAUUUGCUCUUUUUUCUUCAGGAUACUACUUACUUGAAGAUAGAAUAAGUGUACCUAUAAUACGUGAAAGUCUUUCAAGUACUUUUGACAUAGAACUGUCUGUGUACUUCUCCUCUCUAAGAAUCAGUGCUAAUCCAGGAUUUUGGUAUACUAUCAAAUUUGCAUGGGUUCAAUAUUUAUCAAUUGGUUUAGUGAUUUUUUAUUUAGCUGAAAAAAUGAGAGGAUACAUUUACGAUAAACAAAUAGUCAGAACAAUUGUAAAGUCAACCAUUCCAAAAUCUUUGGAUCAAUGAGAAUAUCUACUUUGUUUUCAUUUAACAAUGAAUAAUCUACAGUGUGGAACGAUUUGGCCAAUAAAGUGAUGAAUAUCUUUG